AAUAAAUAAAAUGUAUUUUUUAGUAAAAUUAUACUUGUGUUUUUUAUUUCUUGUAAUUACAAUUAUUCCUAGUAUCAAACUUCAACAACAAUAUUUCUCAGUGGAUAACAGUUCUUCAAUCGGAUACCGAGACUGGAAGAAAAUGUCUGUACUUGUAGCAGACUUAGUCGGAAAAUCAGCAGUUGAAGAUAAAACCAAGACAAAAUUUAAUGUGUUAGCAUUGAUUAUACAAGUGGCGUCUGGAGUAAUUGGGCAUGGUGCUAAUACUUUAAGGACAUUAGUAUUGAACGGUCUAAUGCUUUUAUCCAAUACGGUAUUAAAUGCAUCAAAAGAUUAUCAAAUAAAUCAAAAAGAAAAACCUAAAGAAAUUAUCAGAGGCAACCCGACUGAUUGGAUUUUCAAGAAUUCGUUUGUAAAGUCAAUGAUUCAUGAAGCGAUCAACGAAAAUUUGUCCGAUCGACUAGAAAGUAUAGCUUUUGGCAUGCCAUGUGUACAACUUUUAAUGUGUCGAAUAGCUCCUGUACUUGGAUACAUGCAGCACAAAGUAAAAGAACGAUGGGUUGACCAGAAAGGGAAAUUACCGAGAAAUGCGUCUGGUUGGGACGGAAUCAAACACAAUGGAAAGAUGUGCAGUGACAAGUAUUACAACUGUGAAAUAAACACGAAGAAUAAUUACUGAUCAUAAUUAAUGCACACAUACGUCAAAAUAUUAUACAUGUGCAACAUAAUUUAUGUAAAUAAUAUUAAAAAAAUUAGUGCAA